AUGACGUCACUUCCAGCGACCGGCGUCUCCAUGGCGACGCUGUCGCGUCCCGGUGGCCGCUCCCACGGGAACGUCCCGGCCCGGGAACACCGGCAAGAGCCCCUGGGAAUGGAAGAGCCCGCGAUUCCCCCGGCCCCGCUGUCCCGGGAACACCCUGCGAUCCCCCGGGAUCCCAGGAAAUGCAGGCAGGACAACGUGGAGCCUUUUCCUCUCUCCGAGCUCGGACUCCCAGCAGAAAACAAAACUAUCCAGGGAAUCCUCUGCCCCAUGGCUGUGGAGCUCUGCCAUCUGCUCCUGGUCCUGGAAAGGGAAGAUGGAAUUUGUCAGGCCUUUCCUAAUUUAGGGGAGAAGGCGGCAAAGCUGGCCAAAGCCUUGGAAGAACUUGCUGCUGUGGCAGGAAGGCCGGGAGGGAUGUGCUGCUGGCAGCGCUCCGGCUCCAGGAGUAUCCAGAGAGCCCUGGGCUCCGGGAGCACCUGGCAGUGGCUGCCAGGAGAGUCCUCAGGGAGACAGCGAAGGAUGAAACAGGGAUGGGGAUUGCUGACUGGAUUUUGUGCCUUGUUCCCUGGUCAGGUCCUUCAGUGGGAAGAGGCUGCAGGGAUGAGGCGGAUCGCCCGGGCUGCCGGCCGGCUCCGGGAGUGCCUGUGUGCGCUGCGGGAUGCCCUGGACACACCAGGGCUCCAGGCAGCAUUCCAGGCCUUCUCCCAGGCCCUGCUCCUGCUGAGCUGCCUGACAGCCAAGCGCCUCCGGGAACUCGGGGCUGGUCCUGCAGGGAAGAGCUUGGCUCACACCCUGCAGCUCCUCCACCAGCGUGUUCCUCUGCUCCACGGAGCUGUCACACAUUCCAGGGACCACUCUGGAGACGAUGCUUUCCAGCUGACAGAGGGGACCAUCAGGGAGCUCCUCUCCCUGCUCACAGAGCCCCGGGACAGGAGCGGGAUCUUCUCCCAGCAGGUGAACGCGCUGCGGGAUCUCCUCUCCCAGCCGGACCGGCUGCUCCUCUCCGAGGGCGGGCUCAGCUCCCAUGUGGAAGUGGUCGUUCUCCAUGGAAUGCUGCUGGCAGACUCCUGCAGGCCAGAUCUGCAGCUGGAGCUGGUGGAACGCUGCUGGGUCCUGCUACGGCUGAGGAAGAGCAUCUGCGGCCUUGUGAGCCGGUUGGAAGGAUGUCCAGGACAGGGACAACAUGGAUUGGAGCAGGAAUGUCACAGCAUGAGGAAGGAGCUGGAAAACCUGGACCAGAUCGUGCUCAGAGCCACUCUGUGCCAAAUCCUCGAGGGAUUCUUUGAGGAGAAGGAGCCCCUGAGGCAGUUGGUCGAAGGGGCCCUUGCUCUUGCUGGUUCAGGAUGUUUUCCAGCAGGACCAGGAGGAAUUUUAAGGAAGCUCCAGCCCCUCACCACCACCCUCUUCGCUCGGGCCCAGCAGAUGCUCCGAGUGGCUGAUAUGGUUCUGGUCCGGUGCACCAAACCCCAAACUGCCAGGGAAAUCCGGGAGGGGGUGGAGCACCUGCGGAGCCUCCUGGGCAGCCUCCCUUCCCUGCUGCUGGAAAGGAGUGGGAACACCACAGAGCAGCUCCAGGCCCUGGGCCACGCCUGGGCCGGAGCCACCGGCAGCCUCCUGCGCUGCUUCGAGGAGACGGUCGGCACACGGGAAUUCCUGGAGCUCUCUGUCCUGGAGAUGGCCAAGCACAAGGAGUGGUUUGAGGCGGCGCUGGCACGCUGGGAUCCCGAGGGAUUCUCCUGGCACGCCGCUUGCCUCACCGGCUGGGCACGCUGGGUGGUCGGAGCCACCACCCGGCACGUGGACAGGGCCACAGAUCCCAUCUUCAGGAACGGUUUGCUGGUGUGGGUGGAGCAACUGGCCCAUUCCAUCCUGCAGCUGAGGGCAGUGGCAGCUCGGUGCCCCCAAUCCCGGGAUGCCUUCUCCCAGGCAGCGAGCUGCCUGAUGGACGCUGCUCUCCGUGUCCAAGCCGGGCUGGACGGGUCCAACCACCCGGAUCUCCUCAGCCCGCUCCGGCAGCAAGUGCGGAGCAGCGAGGGGGCAAAGGGGCCGGAGCUCAGCCCGUCCCACACUGGGAUACAAACUGGUACGGAUGAGGCCACACUCCAGGGAGACACCCCAAGUCCUCCAUCUUCGCCACCGGGCCCCUUCCAGCGGGAUGCUCCGUGGGCAGGGGGUGCACACCCUGCUGUCACGGCUCUCCUGGCAGCAUCCCGAGCCCGGGAUGCGGCCGCUGCUGGUGCCGCUGGCUCUGCCUUGCUGGAGCUCUCCAAGAGCUGCGUGGAUGCGGCACGGGAAGCGCUGCCCGUGGCCGAGCCCCCCCAGCUCGGGGUGCUGGGACAGCACGGGGACAUCGCGGCGCUGACCCCAAGGAUUAUCAGCCUGGCCAUGGAAACGUCUCCAAGCCAGCUCCCUGCUCCAGGCACGCUGAUCCACAUGGCGCUCAGGCUUUCAGGAAGGAUCCAGGACACCCAGCAGUGCCUGGCAGCCAUUGCAGGCUCUUGGAAUAGUCUGUCCCAGCAGGUGCUUGGGUUUAUCUCAUCAGGUGACUUUCCAAGAGGGAAGCAGGUUUUGGAUGAAGCCAUGCUGGCUUUAGCAGGAGCAGUGCAGCUGGCAGGAGACAUUGCAAGCAGAGCCUGUAAUAGGGAAAAUCCCACUGCCUCCCAAGUUUGGGAUAGCUUUCUGCAGGUCCAAGCCAAGUUUUCCCGUGCUCAGCUGAACACCAAAGUGUUCCUGGAGAAGGCAGCGUCCUUCGGGGGCUCCUGUGGGGUGGAAAAGGCCAUCCUGGAGCUGCACGGUGUCCGGUGGGCCGUGGGCACGUGUGUCCUGCUGCAGGCCGUGGAUCGGUUCGUGGGAAGGGAUGUGCUGUUCCUGAGGGAGCUCAGCAGGGCCGUGAGGAGCAAGGUUGGCUCACGGAGCCUCCUGGCUGCCGUGGCCGAGAAUUCCCUGAGGCUGCAGGAGGCCGCCCGGCUCUCUUACCUGUCCUGUCCCAGAGAUUACGGUGCCAGGGAAAUCCUGGUGCUCCAGCAGGAGAUCCAGGUGCUCAUGGAAGCGCUGCUGGACAUCUCCAACACCCUCCUGGUCUCCCCGCUGCCUUCAGCCAGCCUGUCCAUCCGCUUCGAGCUCCUGCAGAGAGAUGUGGCCCUCAGGGCCAGGGCGUUACUGCUGCACCUGGAGAGAGUCAAUGCGGAGCAGCUGCACCUCAUCCAGGACGUGGUUGGAGCAGCCCUGUCCGGCCUCUCCCAUGAGGAGAGGGACUGCAGCAAGGAGGCCUUCGAGGAGAAGGCGGGUCAGCUCAUGGCUGAUGUCCAGUGGGUCAGGAACGCCCUCCGGGAUGCUCCGGAGGCUGGGGCUCAACUGCCCCCGUGGGACAACCUGCUCUCCACGGCGGAGCACCUCCUGCUCCUCACAGCCCACGCCGUGGGCAGCGCCCGCCAGAGCCUCCGGGACACCAGGCACACCCACCUGGACACCUGGGAUGCCCACCAGGACACGUGGGAUGCCCACCAGGACACGGGGGAUGCCCAGCUGGACAGCGUGGUGUGGUACUGGUCGGCCCAGGCCCACUACCUCGUCACGCAGCUCCGGGCUGCCCCAGGCAUCGGCACAGACACCCUGCAGCGCUUUACAAAAUGCCUGCAGCGGGGCCAGGCAUUCCCAGGACAGUCCAAUGGCCCAGCCCAGCUCUGCCCGGCCCCACAGCCCACUGAGGCAGCGCGUGCGCUGGGAAUCUUUACUCACCAAACUCUGUUUCAGAAGCAGGCAGAUGGAGGAGGCCGCUCGGCAUCGCUGUGUCCGCGCACUCCGGACCUGGAAUCUGUUCCAUUGUUGUCUGGACAGCAGCGGGAUGGCCCUUCCAGCACCGCCCCUGCAGAGCACCAGAGAGGGAACUGUGACACACAGCAGGGGGGCCCCAGCAAGGUGUCCCAGGUCAUCCAGGACAUGGCAAUGAGGAUGCUCCACAUGGCUCAGUUCCUGAGGAAGAAGGGCCCCAUCGCGAGCAAGGAGCAGUUCGUGGCCUGUGCCAGGCAAAUCGCUUCGGACGGGGAGGUGGUUGUCAGAUUUGGGCAAAUCCUCGCCAAGCAGUGCCCGGACUGGAGAUGCUCCUCGGAGCUGCUCCGCGCCUCUGAGCACACCCACACCCUCAGCAGCCAGCUCAGCAUCGUGGCCAGGGUGAAAGCAGUGGCAGGGGAGAGCAAGGCCUCCUGGGAGCCGCUCCUGAGCAACGCGCAGAACGUGGUGCGGGCCAUGCGGCACCUCCUGAGGGCGGCCGAGGCGGCCUCUGUCAAAGGUUUGGGACAACCCUCACCUGACCCUGAGGCAGAAGAAGUUGCUGCUUUUUGCCUGCAGUGGAAGAAAAACCUGUCGUGGCACAGAGCCAAGGAGGCUUUAAAUUCCAACAGGGAUGAGUUAGGGCUCCGCAAGACUCGGGAAGCAAAGGCGGAGCCCACCCUGAUGGCUCUGGUGCAAGAACCACCCCCUCAGAGCAGGAAUAUCCCAAAGCAUCCCAGCCCUAGGAAAGGACACACAGCUAUGGACAGACACCUAUAAAACCAGAGAGGGGCUCCUCAUCCUGAUGGCGUUGGAAUAUUUGCAAGAUGAAGGGUUCGUGCUGGAGCGUUUCCAUCGUGGCAGGAAAAUCUUGGAAGAGGCUCCGUGGGGAGGCCAGGAAUCUUCUGGAUUUUAUGAUCCAGGGUUGCUCAGUCUUUCUGCACUGCAGAGAGCAGGCAAGGUCACAGAUCACAUAUCCAGGGAUACAGCACUGGGGGACAUUUUUAUUGCGUCCCUGAUCCUGCAGAUUUGCUCCCAAAAUCCCCCUCAGCCCCAGGAUUUUCUCCUAACCAAGUGAAACGUUCAGUCCUGAGCAUCACCCACCUCAGAGCUUCCAGAGGAUCCCAGACUGGUGACACUGGCUGCUCCUGCAUCUCUGGCUCUCCACAUCCAUCCUUCACAGCCUCAGGGAAAAGGAGCUGCAGGUGUCCCACAGAAACGCUGAUCCGUGCCGGAAUACUGCACGUGCAGGAGGGCUGGAAAGAAGCCUUCCCUGCGGAAUUCACAAUCCAACACCACAGCAGAUCACAACUGGCUGGAUACACAGCCCAUUCCAACUCACCUCUGUGUCCCCACCUGCCUCUCUGUCACGUUCCCCGCAGCUGGAAUUCCGUUACUCACACGGUCCCAAGGAAUCUCCUCCGUGUUCCAAGGGAGAGCGGCAGGCACACCGGAGAGUCUGGGAAGCAAUCCGCAACGGAUAAAGCAGGGAGCACGGGUGGGUGGAGGAGCAGAACAGCCACAGAGGUGCUGGGAGGGUCCAUGGGGACCUGCUGGAUUGGGGGAGAGGAAGGAAGGGCAGGAGGAAGGAAGGAGUUAUAGUUACCCACAGAGACAACAGGCUGUGAGGACUUGCUGGCUUUUGUAUCCACAUCCUAUUUCCACACCAUUUUUCCCUGCUGGCUUGGUUUUUUUCUGAGGAAAACCUCGACCAGCCACGCUUGUCACUACCUGAAGAUGUAAUUAUUCAGGGCUAGUGGAUUACUCCAAAAUAACAACCGAGCUCCGUGUCCCUUACCCAGUUUUCCUGUUCAGAAGAGCAUAAAAUUAAUGGAGUUUACACUCUGGGAAAUUAGGAAGGCAAACUGAAACCGCAAUUGCCUUUGGAGAUGUCUCCUCUGCCAUGAAGGAAUUACCAGCUUCCCUUGGUUCAUCCCUACAAAACAAAACCUCAGAAUCUGGGAUAAACUCGACUGUCCCAGCGGGAGCAUCGCCUGGGCCAAGCAAGAAAGAAGAGGAAAAAGGAGCACCAAGGAAGAGACUUAAUGCAAAGAAACAUUCCCAAGGGGCGGGAAGCAGGUGGUGACUGAGCAGCCAGCAAGUUUUUAUUGGAAAGGCAGCUGGGCUAGGAAUGACCACAUCUCCUCUGGAGAAAAAGCAACCCAAAAGGCAGGACAGGAGGCUUGGAGGACACCGGUGUUCUCCCAUGGAAAGGAAAGACGUGCGGGACGUUUCGCACUGGAAAAUGGCAACUCC